CAGAAGUAGGUUAGCACUGGGGUAGGGGUGGGGAGAUAGUAGGCAUGGGAGAAGUAGAGCAGUUAUGUAAGCAUGUAAGCAUGGCCUGGGUGUGGGAGACAGCAUCGACUGUCGGGUCUCAGGCCUUUCGAGCUUCGUUAUCUGUUAUCUGCAGGGGUGGAGUCUCAUAGCUAGGGAAGGUCUUUGUAGAGGGUGCUUCCAAAAGAGCAAGGUGCAGCUGCAGAUGCCCAGGGGACAAGAUCCAUGAGUGUGCCUGAUCUUCCACGGGAGCAGGCCUCAUCUUUUCCAUCGCCUGCCUCCAUUGCCUAUCCUCCUGCUAGUUGGGCCUCUGAUGUAUGGACUUGUAUAUGAUGAACUGUGAACUUCUAGCCACGUGUAGUGCCCUUGGGUACUUGGAAGGAGGCACUUACCACAAGGAACCAGAUUGCCUGGAGAGUGUGAAGGAUUUGAUCCGCUACCUCAGGCAUGAGGACGAGACGAGAGACGUGCGGCAGCAGCUGGGAGCUGCUCAGAUCCUGCAGAGUGACCUCCUGCCGAUCCUCACGCAGCACCGCCAGGAUAAGCCUCUCUUCGAUGCUGUCAUCAGGCUGAUGGUAAAUUUGACUCAGCCAGCCUUGCUCUGUUUCGGCAGCGUGCCUCAGGACCCCAGUGUACGGCACCAUUUUCUGCAGGUGCUGACUUACCUGCAGGCCUACAAAGAGGCCUUUGCCAGUGAGAAGGCAUUUGGAGUACUCAGUGAGACUUUGUAUGAGCUGCUGCAGCUGGGCUGGGAGGAUCGACAGGAAGAAGACAACUUGCUGAUUGAACGGAUCCUGCUGCUGGUCAGGAAUAUUCUCCAUGUCCCCACCGACGCUGAGCAGGAGAAGCGGAUCGAUGACGAUGCCAGUGUCCACGAUCGGCUUCUGUGGGCAAUCCACCUCAGUGGCAUGGACGACUUGCUCCUCUUCCUGUCCAGCUCAUCUGCGGAGCAGCAGUGGAGCCUUCAUGUGCUAGAGAUUGUUUCUCUCAUGUUCCGAGACCAGAACCCUGAGCAGCUAGCAGGAGUAGGGCAGGGGCGCUUGGCUCAGGAGCGAAGCACAGAUGUGGCCGAAUUGGAAGUGCUGCGCCAACGGGAGAUGGUGGAGAAGAGGACUCGAGCCCUGCAGCGAGGCAACAGGCACUCUCGAUUUGGGGGCUCCUACAUUGUCCAGGGGCUGAAAUCUAUUGGGGAGCGAGAUGUUGUCUUUCACAAAGGCCUUCACAAUCUCCGAAACUACAGUUCAGAUUUGGGAAAGCAGCCUAGGAGGGUGCCGAAGCGUCGCCAGGCUGCCCAGGAGCUGUCUGCUCAUCGCCGCUCUGCCCUCAACGUGAGGCUUUUCCUCAGAGACUUCUGCUCCGAGUUCCUGGAAAACUGUUACAACCCUCUCAUGGGUGCGGUUAAGGAUCACUUGCUUCGGGAGAGAGCUCAGCAGCACGAUGAAACCUACUACAUGUGGGCUAUGGCCUUCUUUAUGGCCUUCAAUCGAGCUGUCUCCUUUCGCCCUGGCUUUGUUUCCGAGACCCUCAGUGUUCGUACCUUCCACUUUGUGGAGCAGAACCUCACCAACUACUAUGAGAUGAUGCUGACGGACCGCAAGGAGGCCGCCUCCUGGGCCCGCCGGAUGCACCUGGCCCUGAAGGCCUACCAGGAGCUGCUGGCCACAGUGAAUGAGAUGGACAUGAGCCCAGAUGAGGUCGUGCGGGAGAGCAGCCGCAUCAUCAAAAACAACAUUUUCUAUAUGAUGGAGUACCGAGAACUGUUUCUGGCACUGUUUCGAAAGUUCGAUGAGAGAUACCAUCCACGUUCAUUCCUUCGUGACCUGGUGGAGACCGCACACCUCUUCCUCAAAAUGUUAGAGCGGUUUUGUCGGAGCCGGGGGAACCUGAUGGUGCAGAACAAAAGAAAAAAGAGGAAGAAGAGGGCUCAGAAGCAGGGUGUUGCUUCUGGGGAUGUGUGUCAUAGCCCUGGGGAGCUGGAGGCCGCGUGGCCAGCCCUAGCAGAGCAGCUGCUGCGGUGCGCCCAGGAUCCUGAGCUGAGCGUAGAUUCCAUCAUCCCCUUUGAUGCGGCCUCGGAGGUGCCAGUGGAAGAGCAGCGGGUAGAAGCCAUGCUAAGGAUCCAAGACUGCCUUCUGGCUGGCCAGGCCCUCCAAGCCCUGGCCCUCCUGCGGUCUGCCCGGGAAGUGUGGCCUGAAGGGAAUGUAUUUGGUUCUCCGGAUAUUUCCCCAGGGGAAGAAAUGGAGUUGCUGAAACAGAUCUUUUCCACACCCCUUCCCCGGCAGCAGGAGCCGGUAGAAGGAGAUGCAGAGCAGGAAGAGGAAGAAGAGGAGGAAGAAGAGUUACAAGUGGUUCAGGUGUCAGAGAAGGAGUUUAACUUUUUGGACUACCUGAAACGGUUUGCAUGCCCAACCAUCGUGCGAGCCUACACGCUUCUUCUGCGGAGCUACCGGCAGAAUAGCGCGCACACCAAUCACUGCGUGGCCAAGAUGCUGCACCGGCUGGCCCACGACCUGGGCAUGGAGGGUCUGCUCUUCCAACUCUCCCUGUUCUACCUGUUCGAUCGUCUGCUCAGUGACCCGGCUGCUGGAGCCUACAAAGAGCUAGUGACGUUUGCCAGAUACAUCCUUGGCAAGUUCUUCGCAUUGGCGGCAGUCAAUCAGAAAGCCUUUGUGGAGCUGCUGUUCUGGAAAAACUCUGCAGCGGUUCGAGAGAUGACUCAGGGAUAUAGCUCCGACAGUGGGUCUUCCAGCCACAGAGCCUCUGUGUGGAGCCCUGAGGAAGAGGCCCAGCUCCAAGAACUGUACCUCACCCAUAAGGAUGUGGAAGGUCAGGAUGUAGUGGAAACCAUCUUGGCACACCUGAAAAGUGCUCCUCGAACACGCAAGCAGGUCAUCCACCACCUGGUACGGAUGGGCCUGGCCGACAGUGUCAAGGACUUCAAGAGGAAAGGGACCCAGAUUGUCUUGUGGACGGAGGAUCAGGAGCUGGAGUUGCAGCGGCUCUUUGAGGAGUUCCAGGACUCUGAUGAUGUUCUUGGUAAUAUCAUGAAGAAUAUCACAGCCAAACGGUCGCGGGCUCGAAUAGUGGAUAAACUGCUGGCCAUGGGGUUCGUGUCUGAGCGACGGCAACUGUACAAGAAACGGAGAAAGAAGCUGGCACCCUCUUGUGUGCUGAAUGGAGACAAGUCCCUGAAAGAUUCUUGGCAGGAAGAUCCAGAAGAGGAAGAAGAACAUUUGCCAGAGGAAGAGAGUGAAGAAGAUGACGAGCGAGAGGAAGGCUUGCAAGCAGAACAAGCUGAGGGCAUCUCAUUUCUCUCUGCUGAAAACCUUGGUCAAAGCCUGCGUCAGGAAGGCCUCUCUGUUCCCCUCCUGUGGCUCCAGAACUGCCUGAUUCGCGCAGCAGAUGACCGGGAAGUGGACGGCUGCUCCCAGGCUAUCCCUCUGGUGCCUCUGACAGAAGAAAAUGAGGACGCAAUGGAGAACGAAAAGUUUCAGCAUCUGCUACGCAAGCUAGGGGUGCAGUCCCCCGCUUCGGGGCAGGAAACCUUCUGGCGAAUUCCAGCCAAACUGAGCUCCACCCAGCUUCGGAGACUGGCAGCCUCUUUGAAACAAUGGGAAAAGGAGGAGGAAAAAGAAGAGGAGCCAGAGUUGCCUUCAGGAGUCCCUGGAGAGCAGAGUCCCACUGAGGAGCACAGAGCCAAAGCCCUGAGAGUCCUCUCCUCAGCCUGUAAGAAGAAAGCAAGCCUGGUGUCGCCAGAAGUUACUUCAGAGGAGGAGGACACUGCGGAGAAAGAACAGAAAAAAGUCCCCAGGAAGCGGCAACUGCUGGACAGCGAUGAAGAGGAUGAGGAGAGGAGGCAAGCAUCAGCACUGGGAACGCCAGUUAGCCACAAAAAGAAACGGUUUCAAAUUGAGGAUGACGACGAGGAUGACUGAAAAGACAAAUGUCUCAUGCCAGAGAUGGAUGGGAGUUGGAAGGCACAGAAGCUACUUGGGUUCUGCUGAAAGCGAUCUUCCCUACAUUGAAGGCCCAGGAAUUUCAGGCAACAAUGUUGGAUGGAUUCUUUGCAGUCCUUCACUUCCCCAGGUUCAUCAGUGUGCACAGCUGGUAUUGAAAUGUAAUCCUCUUCUGGGAACCAUUUCUUAGCAAACGAGGAAUAAAUGAUACUCAGGCAGCUGGACUGCUCUAUUUGGA